AUGAUUCAGAGUAUCAUAAUGGCACGCAAAGGAUUGAUGGAGCAAGACUUGAACAAGUUAGACGUGACAAAAUUACAUCCUCUAUCGCCUGAAGUUAUUUCUAGACAAGCUACAAUUAACAUUGGAACUAUUGGUCAUGUGGCACACGGAAAAUCUACAGUUGUGAAGGCUAUAUCGGGUGUUCAGACUGUACGCUUUAAGAAUGAACUGGAACGUAACAUCACUAUCAAACUUGGCUAUGCAAAUGCCAAGAUUUAUAAGUGUGAUGAUGAUCAGUGCCCACGACCAAUGUGCUACAAGGCAUAUGGAAGCGGAAAAGAAGACACCCCCUUGUGUGAUGUACCUGGAUUUGAGAAUGCUAGGAUGAAGCUUCUGAGACAUGUUUCCUUUGUUGAUUGUCCGGGUCAUGAUAUUCUUAUGGCUACUAUGCUUAAUGGAGCUGCUAUUAUGGAUGGAGCUUUACUUCUUAUCGCUGCUAAAGAGAGCUGCCCCCAACCUCAGACUUCUGAGCAUCUUGCUGCAAUUGAUAUCAUGCAACUUAAGCAUAUUAUCAUCCUCCAAAAUAAGGUUGAUCUCAUCCAAGAAAAUGCUGCUCUAAACCAACAUGAAUCCGUUCAGAAAUUUAUUCAGGGAACUGCUGCUGAAGGAGUCCCUGUGAUUCCAGUUUCUGCCCAAUUGAAGUACAACAUCGAUGUUGUUUGUGAAUACAUUGUCAAAAAGAUUCCUAUUCCUAAGAAAAUUUUUGUCUCACCACCAACUAUGAUCUUGAUCCGAUCUUUUGAUGUUAACAAGCCAGGGUACGAGGUUGAUGAUAUACAUGGCGGUGUUGCUGGUGGAAGUAUCUUAAUGGGUGUCUUGAGGGUUAACCAAGAAAUCGAGGUACGGCCUGGAAUCAUAGUGAAGGAUGAAAGAGGCAACAUUACGUGCACACCCAUAUACUCGAGGAUUGUUUCUUUAUAUGCUGAGCAGAAUCAGUUACAAUUUGCUGUCCCAGGAGGUCUGAUUGGGGUUGGAACAACCAUGGAUCCGACUUUAACCCGAGCUGAUAGAUUGGUAGGUCAGGUACUCGGAGAGGUUGGAUCUCUUCCAGAUGUUUACAUCGAACUAGAGGUGAAUUUCUUCUUGCUUUGGCGGCUGAUUGGUGCGAAAACAAAGGGGACUGAGAAACAGGGAAGGGUAUCGAAACUGAGCAGAGGAGAGGUUCUUAUGUUGAACAUUGGUUCCAUGUCGACUGGUGCUCGUGUAAUUGCUGUCAAACAAGAAGUGCAUUUGGCAAAAUUGCAACUUACAUCUCCGGUUUGCACAAGCAAAGGAGAGAAGAUUGCCCUGAGUCGCCGGGUUGAAAAGCACUGGCGACUCAUCGGUUGGGGACAGAUUCAAGCUGGUGUUACUCUUGAGAUCCCACCAAGAGCAGUCUGAGUAACAAGUUAACAAGUGAGUGAAAGAGACUAGAUAAGAAAAAAGAAAUGUGGGUUGGGAGGGAACUUUUAGGUUCAAUUUAUUUGAGAUGGAGGAGAAAACCAAUUCUUAUGCUUGAUUUUGGUACAUGUUUCAAGAUAAUAUUUGCAUAUGAUGCUAUUAAAUUUUUUUUUUUUGGUUUUUUUUUCCCCCAAUUUAUUAAUUUUUCGUGGGAAUUUAAUAGUGUUAUGUAUGCAAGGAAAUGGAAGAAAAGGGAGAGAAGAUUGCAGAAGGGGGAUUGUUUCCUUUAAAUUGGAUAAAGGAUUAUUGAGGGAAGGAAGGGGAGAGGGAGGGAGGAAAUGAGGAAUCCAUUUUCCUUUUUUAAUUACUAAGUACUCCGUAUAAUCUAUCAAAAAUUGGAGAAAAAUUGGAGAGAUUUGGAGAGGAAAUGAAACUUUCCAUUUCUCUCCCCUCCUCCUCUUCCCCUCCCCUUCUUAUCUAUUUCUACAUUGUUAUCCAAAUAAAGCGUUAAUUAUCUAAGAAAGAUAAAUGCAUCAUAAAUUUUUGUUAUGGGUUUUGGUUUUAUAUUAUGUUCCGGUACGGUGAAAAGAGAAAUUUCACCUUUUGACUUUUAAUCCUUUUUUGUUCUGGCAAAUUUCCUACUAGGGCAAUUAAUGGGCUGUUAUAUACAA